AUGACGACUGAAACCGGCGUACAAUUCACCGGUCUGUUGAAACCAAUGAUGGCUGGUGCGAUGGCCGGUACGACGGUCGAUCUGUUCUUUUAUCCGAUCGAUACCCUCAAAACUAGAUUACAAUCUCGCCAAGGUUUCAUCGCCUCGGGUGGCUUCAAAGGUGUCUACAAAGGACUGGGUAGUGUUGCCGUGGGAAGCGCACCAGGGGCUGCGCUCUUCUUCACGACUUAUGAAUAUUGCAAACGAUCGAUCAUCCCGAGCUUAUUCCCUUCCCUGUCCAGUCCAGUGGUCCAUAUGAUCGCAGCUUCACUAGGUGAGGUGGCCGCCUGUUUGGUUAGAGUUCCUACCGAGGUCGUCAAGCAACGUCAGCAAACUGCCGCAUACGGCUCGAGUACUAGUUCGGCUCGGGCGCUACAAUUGGUCAUUCAACAAGGUGGAUUCAAGUCUCUUUAUCAAGGUUUUGGGAUUACCAUCUCGCGAGAGGUUCCAUUCUCACUACUACAGUUCCCUCUGUACGAAAGGUUGAAGUCUCAAGCUGCCGAGAGACGCUCCUUACCUUCAUCCGACCAACUACCUGCGCAUGUCUCUGCGAUAUGUGGGAGUAUUGCUGGUGCAACGGCAGCUGCGUUGACCACUCCUCUGGAUGUGAUCAAGACUCGAAUCAUGCUCACUAAGCAAAGAGAUGGAGCACGAAUUGGAAUUCCGGAGAGUUUUGCUCGGGUCUAUCGAGAAGAAGGAUUGUCAGCAUUUUGGAAAGGGGUCGUACCACGUACAAUCUGGAUUGGAUUGGGCGGUGCUGUGUUUCUAGGAGUCUAUGAAUUAUCUAUUCAACAGCUAGGAACUAUAAUUUGA